CGAGAUCGUGCCUAACUCCAGCGGAGGCUGGAGAGGGGCCCUAUCCAACGCCACUCAGGAAUUCCCCUUGCCGGGGUCAUCAGCCCACGACGCUGCACCUUGCCAGGGAAGCCAGGCAAUAUCCCGUCUAGUGUUGCAUUGUCCCAGGGUGUGCAGGCGACCAUGGCUGAGGUUGUUGGAAAAGAUGGUUUCAGCCCUAAGCAGGAUUGCCUGGAGGAGGGGGUAGAGAGACAUUCCAAGUAUUGUACUAGGUUUGAGCACCAACGGGAACCGGAUGAGCCCAAGGGCAAAGUGGGGACAAGAGGGAAGAAGCAGAUAUUUGAAGAGAACAGAGAGACCCUGAAGUUCUACCUGCGGAUCAUACUGGGGGCCAAUGCCAUUUACUGUCUUGUGACGUUGGUCUUCUUCUACUCAUCUGCCUCGUUUUGGGCCUGGAUGGCCCUGGUCUUUAGCUUGGCAGUAUAUGGGGCCAGCUACCACUCAAUGAGCUCCAUGGCACGGGCGGCCUUCUCUGAGGAUGGGGCCCUGAUGGAUGGUGGAAUGGACCUCAACAUGGAGCAGGGCAUGGCAGAGCACCUUAAGGAUGUGAUCCUACUGACAGCCAUUGUGCAGGUGCUCAGCUGCUUUUCCCUCUACAUCUGGUCCUUCUGGCUCCUGGCUCCGGGACGGGCCCUUUACCUCCUGUGGGUGAAUGUGCUGGGCCCCUGGUUCACGGCAGACAGUGGUGCCCCAGCGCCGGAGCACAAUGAGAAAAGGCAGCGCCGGCAGGAACGGCGGCAGAUGAAGCGAUUAUAGCCGCUGACAUUGUGACUGCUGGUUGCUGGGCCCUGGGUGGCUCUUCUCAGGCUGCAUGGCCCCAUGCUAGGAGUAACGAGGGCCUAGUCCAGGGGCCCAAAGCAGUGUAAGGCAUAGGAUUGUUGAAUAAAUGGCUUAGAAUGUG